CUCUGGAGCCCGCCGCGCAAGCUGCAGCCACUCGCUGCCACUCGCGCGGUAGCGGAACUGGCGCCUGCUCCACGCGCGGCAGGCAUGCGUGCCCAAGCUGUACCAGUGCCAGCGCUGUGGCUCCUCGCGCUGGGCGCGCUGCUGUGGCCCGGGGCCGACACCUGGGAGCUCACCAUCCUGCACACUAACGACUUGCACAGCCGACUGGAGCAGACCAGCCAGGACUCCAGCAAGUGCGUCAAUGCCAGCCUCUGCGUGGGCGGCGUGGCGCGGCUCUUCACCAAGGUGAAAGAGAUCCGCAAGGAAGAGCCCAAUGUGCUGCUGCUCGAUGCUGGCGACCAGUACCAGGGCACCAUCUGGUUCACGGUGUACAAGGGCACCGAGGUGGCACACUUCAUGAACGCCCUACGCUACGAUGCCAUGGCACUGGGAAAUCAUGAAUUUGAUAAUGGUGUAGAAGGACUGAUUGAUCCACUCCUCAAAAACGCCACAUUUCCAAUUCUGAGUGCAAACAUUAAAGCAAAGGGGCCGCUAGCAUCUCAAAUAUCAGGACUUUAUGCUCCAUAUAAAGCUAUUUCCAUUGGUGGUGAAAAGGUGGGAAUUGUUAGAUAUACCUCACAAGAAACGCCCUAUCUCUCAAAUCCAGGAAGAGAUUUAGUAUUUGAAGAAGAAAUUGCUGCCUUACAACCUGAAGUUGAUAAACUAACAACUCUAGGUGUGAACAAAAUAAUUGCACUGGGACACUCUGGCUUUGAGAUGGAUAAACUCAUCGCUCAGAAAGUGAAGGGAGUGGACGUCGUGGUGGGAGGCCACUCCAACACAUUUCUUUAUACAGGUAAUUAUUUCCCAAAAAUGAUGUGGGCCAGGAUGUCUAGAUAA